AUGAAACCCAAAAAGGCGAGCCGAGUAUUAGAUGUAAUGAAACUUACCGAUACUACUAAUCAGGAAAAAUACAAAGCUAGAAUAACACAAAAACUAGACACUCAUAAGUUAAGCAACACUGACAUACCUAAAAAGUGGGGACAUGUUGCUCACGUCUACAAGGAGGCGACUAAGUAUGUAGUAGGGUUUAAAACUAUAAAUAGGGUAAAUGACAUCCAAAACAAUGAAAUUAAAAAUCUGUCUCAGAAACAAAAGAAACUGAGAAUUGAAAUUAACGCGUGCAAAAGCAAUGACCACAGAAGUAACCUGAAAAAACAACGAAAUAAAAUGCUCAAAGAAGUUCAUUUGAUGAUAAGGGAUAAAGAAGAAAGAACAAUAAGUAGACAAAUUGAAGAAUUAGAGAACAUUAAAGAUCAGCCAAAUAAAAUGUUCCAGGCUAUUAGACACCUUAAACGGGUAGACAAGAAAGACAAAACGUUCUUGUAUGACGCGGAUAAAAACAUAAUUACAAAUCAGAUAGAACAAGUUAAGAUAGUAACCAACUACUUUAAAGAGGUAUAUGAGAAAACAGGAAUUGAAAAGAAAUUGCACAUUGAAAAACUUGAGAUGAAAGAACUAUUUAAUAGGGAAGAAAUAGAAUUAGCUGCUAAGAAACUAAAAAAUGGUAAGACACCAGGACCGGACGAUGUUCAUUCAGAACUUAUCAAAUUUGCACCUGAGAGGAUAGGGGAUAAACUUAGGAGCGUUAUUCCGCUCUCUCAAGCAGCAUACACCAAAGGGAGAAGUGUUACCGAACAUCUUCUUGCAGAGAAAGCCAUUACCUCAUCUGAGUACAAGCUUACUCUUCUUAUGCUAGACAUGAGCAGCGCUUUUGAUAGAGUGAAUAGGAAAAAACUCAUCGAGAUUAUAUCACAAAAUCUAGAACCUGAAGAACUAAACCUCAUUAAAAUAUUAAUAGAACAAGUAGAACUAAAA